AUGACGAGUUUCUCGCGAGGUAUCGAUAGAUCAGUGGGAAUCUUCCAGAGUGAGCUUUGUGAGGACUUGGGAUUGACUACGAGCGAGUUGGGGCUUGCGGCGGGGUUCGCCAUCGGCUUCGUUUAUUUCUUUGCUCCAUUCGUGAUUCUAGGAUAUCGACAGCUGGGAAACCCAAGACUAAUCAUCAUGGUGGGAGCUAUUUGUACAACAUGUGGAACGAUUUUCUCUUCUCUUUCCUUGACUCCGGUGAUAUUUUGUCUAUGCUUUGCUUUAUUGGGACUUGGUAGCUCUUUGGUUUUCGUCUCAUCUGUCAUCGUCCUCAAGGAGGUUGCAGAGGAACGAUUCGACGUAAUGUACGGGAUAGCUACAUCCGGGUUUGCCUUUGGAACCAUCUUUGUACCCAUUGCAGCUGAAUAUCUGCAGUUGAUCUACGACUGGAGGGGUGCUAUGUUGAUACUAGGUGGGCUAUCCGCAAACAUCAUCCCAUUCGUUAUCGCAAUUGGACCUUCAAUAAGGGCUCAUGUAAAAAGUACAAAAGAAGAUACGAUGUCGGAAGACAGCGGGACGGAAACUGGGGUAUACAGCUCGAGUGACAAUAAUUAUUCUUCAAAUUUUUCGGAGUCAUCGCCCAAUUCAACAGACGACGAAGAAUCUAUAGGAAAUAAAAAGUUACAAAAGAGUCAAAUAAAAGAAAGGCCAAGGCUGUAUUCUGAGGAUGAGAUAGGUCUUCAUAGUGAUUACAGGUCAAAGGACUGCGCCAAACCGAACAAUCGGGCGACAAGGAUUCAAAUCGAAGAACAAACCCUAAGAUCUUUUUCAUCGGAAAAAAUGAGAACCGGGAAGGAUAGUAGUAGUCACAAUAGAAUACCAGGAAGUUACGAAUGCUUCAACAAACUGUCCAUAAUUUUUGAGAGCUUUAGAAGGCUUUGGGAGCCCUGUCUGGUGGUCUUAUUUGUGGCGUACUUCGUGGUGGGCAUGGAGAUCGUAGGAUGGCGCUCCUUAUUCGUUCCACGAGCCAUUCACAUGGGUCUGUCACUGACCCACGUCAACAUUCUAAACCUGACAUCUGCUUUUGCCAACUUCAUUAGUCGUCUCACGCUUGGAUUGGUUAUGAAGAAAUCUGGGAAUUCAAGCACGGUUUUCCUUUGCUUGGUGAUCCUGGAGGGACUUUCAAAAUUCCUCGACGUCUUUACUCUCCAGUUUCCGGUGAUGCUGGUCUGUUCCUUUCUCUCCGGAAUCGCGUUGGAAGGGAUGGCCAUUUUGCCGAUUAUCCUUGGAGCAGAACUUUUGUUGGUGCCUGCAGACUUUGAUAUCCUCUUCGUGACCCUCGAACUGAUGCAUGGUGCAGGGUUUUUGGCAGGAGGAACCAUUUCAGGUCUCAUCGCAGAUACAAUGGGAUUCAACGCAGCUUAUCUCGCCUUAGCAAUUGUCAAUGGCGCCACCUUUAUAUUGGUAGUAAUAUUCAAAUAUUAUGAAAAAAGGCGAAACCAUGCAAGUGACAAGAGUAUGGUCACUUCAGGACUAAAAUGAUAUACAUCGAAAGGUCCACCAAUU